UCAAUCAUCAUCUGUAAAGUGAACUGUGUGUGAGUCACUUUUGUGUAGGUUUUUAAGGUUUUUUUAAUCAAUUUAACAAUAAAAAAAGUUCAAAUAAACGUAAAAUGUAUAGAUUAUUUUCGCGUAAUUUCAAUAUUUAAGUAUCAAGUGGGGAUUCAUAGCAACAAAACGAUUAAACAUGGGUUUUCUGUGUCGCGUUUAUUUAAUAGUGUUAUUUUCAAUAUUUGUCAAUGAAUCCGUUUCGCGUACCUUGGAUGAAGAGCUUGAGCCGUUCCUCGUGAAGCCGCAGUACACCACUGAUGAGGAAAUAUCGCCUAUGUUACAUAAAUUGGAGAAAUUAUAUCCAGAGUUGGCGCGGGUGUAUUCGAUUGGUCAAUCGGUUGAGGGGCGAGAGCUGUUGCUUAUUGAAAUCUCCCAAGAUGUUCGUAGAAGACACCCUGGUCGGCCAUCCUUUAAAUAUAUGGCUAACAUGCACGGAGACGAGUCUGUGGGACGACAGCUUGUGAUCUAUUUGGCGCAGUAUUUGCUGUUAAACUACGGGAGGGAUGAAAGAGUGACUAAACUUGUGAACACCACGGAAAUACAUCUGAUGCCUUCUUUGAACCCCGAUGGUUUUGCCAAAAGUAAGGUGGGCUGCGAAUCACUCCCGGACUACGUCGGUCGCAACAACGCCCAACACAAGGACCUGAACCGCGACUUCCCGGACCAGUUCGACCAGGACCGGGACAACACUGAGGAGUACGUGUACGGCGGCAGGGCGCCGGAGACGAAGGCCGUGGUCAGGUGGCUGCUGGAGAAGCAGUUUGUGCUGUCUGGCAAUCUGCAUGGGGGCGCUCUUGUCGCGUCGUACCCUUACGAUGACUCGAUCACCGGCAAAGAGUGCUGCGAAGACAGUCUGACUCCAGACGAUGCUGUGUUCAAACACCUGGCAUGGACUUACUCGUCCCGCCACCCGGAAAUGGCUAGGGGGGACGCGUGCCCCCCAGAGAACUUCACCAACGGAAUGACCAAUGGCGCUAAAUGGUACGCUGUUAAAGGUGGCAUGCAAGACUUCAACUACGUGAGCAACAACUGCUUCGAGGUGACAUUCGAGCUGUCCUGCUGCAAGUACCCCCCGGCCGACGAGCUGCCCAAGUUCUGGAAGACUAAUAAGGAGCCGCUGCUCGCCUUCAUGGAGCAGACCCACAUCGGGAUAGCUGGCUUCGUGACGGACGAGUACGGGAAACCAGUGCCAAGGGCGUAUAUAGAAAUAAAGGAGGUUGCCCACCCCGUAGUCGUGACUGACCUCGGAGAGUACUGGAGGCUUCUGGUACCUGGAGAGUAUCAUGUCCUCGCUAAAGCUAUUGGCUACGAGGAAUCAGAAUGGAAACGCGUCACCGUCCCAGCCAACCAGACAGAGCCUGUUUCCGUCAAUUUCACCCUUCAUCACCGCACCGACAGCGACUAUGACGAGCAUAGGAGGGUGACUCGUCACGACAUCGACGGUAUUUCAGCGGUCGACUUCGUCCACCACGACUACGUCAAGAUGGAGAAAUUCCUGAAGGACCUCAAUGAGAAGUAUCCCAACAUGACCAAGCUCACCAGCAUUGGGGAAUCGGUGGAAGGAAGGAAAUUGUACGUUUUGGAAGUCACCAAGGACCCUGGAAAACAUAUACCAGGCAAACCCGAGUUCAAAUACGUGGCCAACAUGCAUGGCAACGAAGUGGUCGGAAGAGAGAUGCUGCUACUACUGGCGAAGUAUUUAUGUCAGCAGUACAUCAUUGGAGAUGAGAGGGUACAGAGGAUACUGAACACGACCAGGGUGCAUUUAAUGCCCAGCAUGAACCCGGAUGGGUACGAGCGGGGGAAAGUUGGUGAUUAUAGCAGUUUACAGGGCAGAGCGAACGCUCAUGGCGUGGAUUUAAAUAGAAACUUCCCGGACCAGUUCGGUUCUAACAGUGAAAACCUAACACCGGAGCCGGAAACCAUGGCGGUCAUGAACUGGUCUCUGUCUAUACCGUUCGUGCUGUCCGCCAACUUGCACGGUGGCGCCCUCGUCGCAAACUAUCCCUACGACGGCAACCCUUCCCACCAGAGCGGGGUGGAGAAUGUUGCGCCUGAUAAUGACGUGUUUGUCCAUCUCGCUCACGCUUAUUCUGACGCCCACCUGAAAAUGCAUUUAGGCCUGCCGUGCGCACACAAAAACCUUCCGAAGGAGUCCUUCGACGGCGGCAUCACUAACGGCGCCAAAUGGUACGUUCUCUAUGGCGGCAUGCAAGACUGGAACUACCUUCACACCAGCGACAUGGAACUAACAUUAGAACUGGGCUGCUUCAAGUUCCCCCCCGCCGCGGACCUGCCCGGCUACUGGCAGGACAAUAGGGAGGCGCUGCUCAAGUAUAUUGAGGAGGUCCACAAAGGCAUUCACGGCUUCGUCCACAGCCACAUUGGGCACGCGCUGGCCAACGCCAGUAUCUCAGUGCGCGGCGUCCAGCGCAGCGUGCGGGCCGCGGCGGGCGGGGACUACUGGCGGCUGCUGCGGCCGGGGACUCACAGCGUCACCGCGUCCGCCAGGGGAUACGAGAGUGUAACAGAAGAGGUGACGGUGCCGCCGGCUGGUUCUGUCAGCUUGAACUUCACGCUGAUGCCCUCCGACCACCACCACUGGUCAUCCGCCUACGACUUCCGCGUUCUAGAAAACGUACUGAACACGAAAUACCACACGCCUUUGGAAAUGUACGCCGCUCUAUCUGAGCUGGAGAAUAAGUACCCCGACAUAGCUGAAUUCAGAUCGGGAGACAGUCUCACCACGGCCACCUUCCACCAGCUCAAGAUGACCCAUCAGGUGGGGUCGCCAGAAGAAGGCAAAGUCCACAUAGCCAUAAUAAGCAGCUUCUACGGCUCCCAGCCCCUUGGGCAGGAGAUGCUGUUGAACUUCGCGCGUCACAUCGCAACAGCCUACACAAUCGGCGAGCCGCGACAUCAGAAAACACUCAAAAACUCCGUAAUCCAUUUCAUACCGAACUUGGAUCCUCUAUACGAGAAAAUUGUGAAACAAGCGACCGAUUCAGACAAAUGCAAUAUACAAGCGUUGGAGGAGGAAUUCGGUGAUAGUUUAUACGAUUAUUUGACGAAGAAGAAUGUCAAUCCGCUGUCGAAUUACACGCGGGAGAAGGCGUUCGUGCAAAUGUUGGAGAGUGAGAAAUACGAUUUGAUUUUGGAAUUGGCGUCUGGCAACGAAGAUGUGGCGUACCCAGAUUUGUCAAGGAAUAUUUACGAGAAGUUUGCCAAUGUUUACCAGGACAAUAGGAGUCCUAGUGACGAGUACGAGUGUAGGGAUGAGAAGACGAGCGCGACUCACGGUAACCUCGUAGACGUGUUGUGCGAACGUUACAAUACGCCGGUGAUAUCGGUCGGUCUGAGUUGUUGUAACAUGCCCACUGAACCCCAAAUCGGAUGGGUUUGGAGGAACAAUCUGAGGGGUAUUAUGAAGUUCGUGGAGCUGGUUAACACUGGUAUAAGAGGCUACGUGAAAAACGAAGUCGGUGCGCCGAUGCGCGAGGCGGUAGUCGCCAUCACGGGCGUCCAGCGGCAGCUGCGCGUGUCGGGCAACAUGGCGCGCUACCACGCCGCGCUGCCGCCCGGCGACUACCGCGUCGUCGUGCGAUGCCACGGCUACAGGGACCAGAUGUUGAAAUGGCGCGUGGUGGAAGGUGUGAUCAAAGAGAAGGACAUAAUCCUGAAGCGGAUCAACGCGGAGAGCCUGCCCGGGGGGCGGUACCCCGAACUGCAGGUGGAUGACGAUGCUAAUGUCAUCUACGUAACAGGCUUGGCAUUAGACCACGACAGCCAACCUUUGUCGAAAGCGUCGCUGACCGUCACACCACUGGGAUCCAAGAAACCAAUAUCUUCUAACACGAGCGAUGAGUCCGGGCAUUUCGUGUUGAGCCUGCCUCUCCUCUACAUGGGUAAAGAAGUGGCCAUAGUGACAUCCAGCGACGGGUAUAUCACUAAACAGAGGCAUAUUAUGAUAAACGACAAAGAGAAGUUGACGCCGAAUGUUCUGUUCAAGCUGGAGAAAGACGAUUAUGUUCUGGGUCUGCCCAGACUCGUAUUCGUCAUGCUUGCAGGAGUGGUAGGCGUGGCGGUGGUGACUUUAGCAGCGUGGUGCUUCAGCUGCCGCCAGCGAGCCAAGGACUCGAGGAGGGAGUACCUCUUCACUCAGAUACCUUCGGAUGACAAGCGGCCGCUGUGCGACGACGCCAACUAUGAAAUAGUACGAAAGCCUUACUAUGACGAAGAAGAGAUACCGCCUUCUGAAACAGAUUCUGAGGAAGAAAUUGUGUUAUUAAGGAGCGACCGGGAGUGGAGACCUCAAGAGUAAUCUAAUAAAAGCUAUUUUAGAAUUUUAAAAAUAAUAUUCGAGUUUAAUACUAUAAAACUAUUUGAUAAAUCAAAUUUAAAAAAAAAAAAAACAAUGCACCAUAAUUCUGAAUUUGAAUUUCAUUAUCGAGUAAUGCUACAUUUAGAUGCGUUAAGAAUCAACAGUUUUACUUAAUAUGGAACUCUGCAAACAUUCCGUUCAUAUGAUGAUUUACAUCAAAUAAUUUUAAUUUGAUUUAUGUUAAGUUUCUUCAUCAUUUGAAAUUUAAACAAUCUUUUGUAGUUUGAAUCGUAGAGUCGAGACACGUUCAAAAGAAAAAUAUGCCAACAUAAUAUUGCCCGUAUAAAAGAAAAUAUUAAUUUAGGUAAGUUAGAAUAGAAAUAGCUGAAUGCGGCCUACCAGUCUUUUCAAGACUGUUGGCUCUGUUUACCCCGCAAGGGAUAUAGACGUGAUUAUAUGUAUGUAUGUAGAUUAUAAAUCUUGUUUAUGGACUUAAGUUCUUUGUUGAAAACAAAUGUUUUGUAGUCUACAAAAUAAUUGGCAAGAGCGUUAACAAUUCAAAACCCAUGUUUCUUCGUAAGAUCUCUCGUUUUUCCAAUUUAACAGUAUUAGAGUGUUCAUAUAUUUAUUUUUAUGGAUAAUAUAAAAAACAUGCUUCUUCAUAUUACGCCUAUUGGGUAAUAUUUAUUUAUAUCAGAUGUGGCCUCUAAAUUUUACCACAAUUUAUAUGUAUAUAAAGCUUUUACACAGCUCACUUGCAACAUGAUUACAGAGGCAUUCCUUUGAUAUUUAUAUUAAUAUAUUAAAAGUUCCUACAUUCCCAAUUUAAGUGCCUUAUAAAAAUGUUUACUAAGAAGAUUAUAGUGUGCAAACUAAAAUAUAAAUCUUAAAUUACCCAGAAUUAAAAUGAUCUUACAUCUAGAAUAUAUAUUCGCUUUUACUAAAUAUGUAAACUACCUCUGUGGACGCAGCUUUAGAGCGCUUGUCUGUGAUACCGGAGGUUCGAAUCGCGGCCAGGGCAUGGGAGAAACUAACUUCCUCUGAUUGCCCUGGGUCUUGAAUGUUUAUUUAUAUAAGUAUAUAUAAAAAAAAAAAUUAGUUUAGUAUCUCUUAACACAAGUCUCGAACUUACUUCAAAGCUAACUCAAUCUGUGUAAUCUGUCCCGUAUAUAUUUAUUUAUUUAAAAUAAUAGAUGGUAUGCAGUACAUUUCAAUAUUUUCGAACGUUUUCAAUUUUAUUAACUGACUAUAUCUACUAAUUUGGAAAAAAAUGAAUGAACGCAACACUUAUCUAGUUUAGACUAGGUACUUCAAACUUUUGAUGAUCUUAGUUCCAAAAAAAUAUUCCUACGAAAGAGAACCUCCUUUUUAGUUAAUAUUCGGUCAAAAUUAAAAUCUUUGAGGAAAAAGCUUGUCUGGCUCUUUGGAAUUAUAAAGAAAUAACAAUUCAAAUUAAUUUAGUUUCUUUGAAUGUCUCUAAAAAUAAAGUAUCAUUUUUUUAUCAGUAAUGAAAUUUUAAUACUUGGCUUAUAGUUAGUUAUAAUAAGUUAUUCUUGUGAUAUACUUAGAUUGUGUGUUAAUUAAAGAAUCUCAAACUUGCGAAUUAAAAAUAAUACAUGUAUACCUAUUCAAGUUGAAGGCAAUUUAUUUAUACUUUUUGAAAAUGAUUUCUGGUGCUCUUUUUAUGAAAAGUUUACACUUUUUGCAGGUUUUUAAGCAAUGUGAUAAUUUCAGAGAUAUUUUAUUUUAGACUAAUAAUAAAUAGUUUACGAUAUC